GAUGAGAAUGAUGAAGCUGGGAAAUCCCGGCAAAUUCAUUAUGAUGAUGCUGCAAUCGAUAGGUUACUUAAUCGUGAUCAACUUGGAGAUGAAGAUGCAACUAUGGAUGACGAAGAAGAAGAUGGAUUUUUGAAAGCUUUUAAGGUAGCAAAUUUUGAGUACAUUGAUGAAGUGGAAGCAGCAGCAGAAGAGGAAGCACGAAAGGCAUCAACUGAAAAUAAAACUACCACCAACAACCCAGAUAGAGCUAGCUACUGGGAAGAGUUGUUGAAAGACAGAUAUGAAGUACACAAGGUUGAAGAGUUUAACGCCAUGGGCAAGGGGAAGAGAAGCCGUAAACAGAUGGUGUCUGUAGAAGACGAGGACCUUGCUGGAUUGGAAGACGUAAGUUCUGAAGGAGAAGACGAUAACUAUGAAGCUGAGUUAACUGAUGAAGAAACAACUGCAUCUGGAAUUCUAACUGGGAGGAGGCCUUACAGAAAGAAAAUCCGUGUGGAUAGUGCUGAAUCACUUCCCUUGAUGGAAGGUGAAGGGAGAUCAUUUAGAGUAAAGGGAUUCAAUCAAAAUCAAAGGGCUGCAUUUGUUCAGAUUAUGAUGAGAUUUGGAGUUGGGGAGUUUGACUGGGCAGAGUUCACACCACGCUUGAAGCAAAAGACUUGCGAAGAAAUUAAAGAAUAUGGGACUCUUUUCUUGACACACAUCGCUGAGGAUAUUACUGACUCACCAACCUUUUCAGAUGGUGUUCCUAAAGAAGGACUAAGGAUAGAAGAUGUACUUGUUAGGAUUGCAGUGUUACUUCUGAUAAGGGACAAAGUGAAGGCUGCAUCGGAAAAGCUAGGCACUCCCCUUUUUCCAGAUGACAUAGUAUCUCGUUUCCCAGGAUUGAAGAGUGGAAGGUUUUGGAAAGAGCAUCAUGAUCUAUUACUACUCCGUGCUGUAUUAAAGCAUGGCUAUGGAAGGUGGCAAGCUAUUGUUGAUGACAAGGACCUGAAGGUUCAAGAGGUCAUUUGUCAGGAGCUGAAUCUUCCGGUUGUAACUCUCCCUGUACCAGGAGCAUCUCAAUCACAAGAUGGUGCAAAUGUGGUUAGUGCCGAAACUCCUAUGAAUGAGACAAAGGGAACUGUUGUUGGGAACGAUUUAGCAGUUGAUGCUGCAAACAGAGCACCUGACGCUGCAAACCGAUCACAGUUAUUUCAAGAUUCUUCGUCAUUAUAUCAUUAUAGAGAGAUGCAGAGAAGACAGGUUGAAUUUAUCAAGAAAAAGGUUCUUUUUCUGGAGAAAUUACUAAACACAGAAUACCAAAAAGAAGUCUUUGGUGACGCAAAAGCAAAUGAGACUCCUAUUGAAGAGCCGGAGACUGAAGCCAAGGUUCUCGAUAUACCAAGCCCAUGCUCCAUGGAUAUUGAUUCUCAAACUAAUAAUCAGUUACCACAAGUGAUCACUUCAGAAGAAAUUUCAGCUGUUGCCUGUGAUGAUAAACCUGUUCGCUUGGAAAUUGCUCGGCUUUAUAAUGAGAUGUGCAAGGUAGUAGGAGAAAAUGCAAAUGAAUCAGUGGAGGCAUAUUUGGCAGACAAACCAGCAGGUUUCAAGAACGUCCUUCCGCUAGAAUCCAUAUAUCAAGACAUAAACAAAAUCCUCUUUCUGGUCCAGCAGAAUUCUUCUUCUAGUUCAGAACAUCAGAUACUAAAUGCAGAUUCACAGUUGGUGACACCAACCACACUGCAAGGAGAUUAUGACAAGUCCGGUCCCGAGGCAACAACUGAGAAUAAGGUGCCAACAAUGGAGUCCGGGCCUCAAACAGAACCAGACCUAGAAAAAGAGAAGAGCAAUUCAGGUUUUGAUGUGCAAGGUACUACUACUCAACCUGUAUGUACCACCAGUGAAGCUGGAGGAGAUGCGGAAAUGGAAGAAAAGCAGCAAGAUGCUGAUGCAGACACUCCGAACCAUGAAAGCACUGGGAAAUGACCUUGGCCUCGGUUAUUUUGCAUGAUUACACUAAAUGAACUAAUAUUACUGGCUGUAUUGCCCGAACUUUUUUUUUUAACCCCCCUCAUUUUAUUUUAUUUUUAUUUUUAUGGUGGUAGAGAAGUAAUAUUUUCAAUCUAGAUAGAAAUAGCAGUUUGACAGUUAUAGAAUUUCAUCUUACGUUGUUUUUACACACGAAUUCACUUUAUUUUUUUUGAUGUUCUAAUGAAUUAACUUUGAUCAUCUAUUUAAACAUUGUUAAAGUAUUGUA